AUGGUUUCGCUCCCAUACAGUCUGGAACUCCGUCAAACAGUGGAGUAUCCGCAAGUUGCCAGCAAGCAUAAUCAGUGCACCGAACUAUCCACUGCUUUUGGAUCAGCCUUCCAUUAUCCCGGUAACGACAGCUUCAGGAUCUGGGAUGCGAAACAACAGGAAGUUCGCCCAGCUUGCCGGGUCGAGCCAUCCACAGCAUUGGAGGUGUCCCGGGUACUCGAGAUUCUUGUACACCACUGGUGUUACUUUUCGGUUAAGGGUGGUGGUCACUCGCGGAAUCCUGGGGACUCUAAUUCCGUAGGUGGUGUUACCGUGGACCUGGACCGCAUGACACAAGUCAACAUACUAGAGCCUGGUAACAGGGCGCGGGUUGGAGGUGGUGCAACCUCUUACCAGGUGUACGAAGCUCUGGAUGCUCAUAAUUUGUCCUUUGUUGGUGGAAGAGUCGGCACAGUCGGUGUUGGCGGAUUUACACUGGGCGGCGGGACAUCGCCAUUCUCGAACAAGUAUGGCUGGGCAUUGGAUAAUGUUUAUGAAUAUGAGGUGGUCCUUGCAAACGGUACAAUCGUCAACGCCAAUGAGACUCACAAUCAUGAUCUAUACUUCGCACUCAGAGGUGGUGGGAAUAAUUUUGGGAUUGUGACAGCCUUCACCGUCCGUACUUUCGGCCAGGGUCCUGUCUCUACGACUACAACAACCUAUUCCCGGAAUCAAACUGAACAGGUCCUCGACCAGGUUUAUGAGCUUUUCACCGAUAAAACUCUGACUAGCGAUCCAGAGAUGGGCUACGAUAUGUACUAUACAUAUGCCUCACAGGAUGACAGUUUCAUUCUAUCAGGCACCCAACGCUAUGGGAAGCCAGUGCGGAACCCAGCUGUAUUUAAGGCUAUUGAUCAGAUACCGACGGCAACAAGAAGCACCACCAUAUCGAACAUGGGUAACCUGACUCGUGAUUCUGGACCAUUGGGUACCACAAGACACCUAUUCGCCACCCUAACCGUGUUACCCUCCCGUCCUCUUCUCACUCAAGCAGUCAAGAUUUUCGAACAAGAAGUUCGGGCGAUCAAAUCAGUGGAUGGCUUGGUACCCAAUCUCAUUUCCUACGCAAUUUCACGAACCGCAAUUGCAGCCAUGAACCAAAGAGGAGGCAAUUCGCUCGGUAUCCAAGGGGAGCAACCUCUCUUUCUCGUCUUGAUUUCUACUGCUUGGUCUGAUGCCAGUGGAGAUGCCGCUGUUAACACAAUGACGGAGAAUACCGUUCGCAGAAUCAGGGAAGCGGCUGAGACUCUCGAUGUUGCGCACCCCUUCCUUUAUAUAAAUUAUGCAUCAGCAGCACAGGCAUCAGAGGUGUUUGCAGGUUACGGGACAGAGAAUAUGCAGAAAUUGAGAGAUAUUCAAGGGGCAGUUGAUCCCCGUGGUGUCUUCACCUCGCGGGGUUUGUGGAGUGGAUUUGCGAAGUUGCUGUGAUGUCUUUAUUAUUGGGAUUUACGGAGCGGAUCCAGAAUCUGCCAUUUGGAUAGUUUACCGAAUCUUGUGGC